AUGGCGUCAACUGGUGUCAGUAUCAUCAUCCACGGUGUGUUGUACUUUCUGAAAUAUGUCAAUUAUAUGUGCUGCAGUACAACAGUACCAGAGACUGGCGCCAUUGUCAAUCUGCUUUUAAACCAACUGUUCGGAGACGACAAACUGAAAAAGCUAGAAUACCUUUGUCAAUUUUAUCAUAAAUUUGGUCUGUUCAAAUAUGAAAAGAAAAUAUAUCUGUUUGAUGAGAAACUAGCACAAACUGCCAUUCAUAAACUAGACAAAGGAGCAGACAACUACUUAGAAGAUUCUCCACUCAAAGAUACGUUUUUAGGAUCUUCUCAAAAAAGUCCAGAAACAAGACGUGCUAUAGCUUCUAUUUUUCGUAAAACUUCUAUAGAUGAAAGAGGUCAUGUAAUGAUCCGUGACCUUGACCUUUUGUGUCGAAAUAUGCAAGAGGUCAGUAGCAAGUCAAGACCAGUGAAUAUUACCCAGUUCAGCUUAAGACUCGCUCUGGACGUAGUCGGUCACGUGCUAUUGCAUCUUGACCUUGGAGGACUAAAAGGUCAUCAAGAUCGUCUGCUUGAUUCAAUGAUGACCAUUCUGCACAGGUGUUACGCUCUAGCCGAAAUAACUACUAACAGCAGUGAGUUCAUACGGGCAACCGAGAACCUGGACCGUCUGACGUCACAGAUCUUAGAGAACGCACUCAACAAGGAUGAUCAGACGGAGGACAAGAGGCUGGUUUUCCAGCUUUACGAGGCUUGUGGCUUCGAACAGGCCAAAGACAACAUGAAACUGUUUCUGAUGGCUGGCACAGAAACCACAGCAUCUACCUUGCCGGUUAUAUUUUACCUUCUUACCAAGUAUCCUCACAUCCAGAUGGAACUCCAGGCUGAAGCUGAUGAAAAUAUAGACAGUUUACGGAAAGACCCGAACUUCCCUUUGCCGAAGAUAGAUAGCGUUAUGAAGGAGGUACUCCGAUUGUAUCCUAUUGCGCCUUUCAUCAGUAGACAGAACCACGGCCCCGUGACUAUAGGCAAGAUUGAUCUGCAGGAACAUAGCGACCUGCUGGUAUUUACCUGGGGGAUUCAUAGAUCACCAUACGCGUGGGACCAUCCGCAUGACUUCGUACCUUUUCGCUUUUACGAAAGCACUUCCAAAAAUCAUAGUUCAAAUUUAUACAUUCCAUUCGGUGCCGGAUCGCGAGUUUGUAUUGGUCAGCACCUAGCGUGGCUCGAGAUCCGAUUGGCUAUUGCGAUUUUGCUCAAUAAAUUUGAUUUCAGGCCAACAGAGGAGACUCCUGACCUUCGGUUUGUGGUAGACUGGACACAUGCCGUAGUUCAUCCGGACAAAGACAUGUUGUUCAUGGCUGUUCCACGUACCAAACCAUUUAAUAUCACUUGA